UGUCUCUUUUCGGUUGUGGGCGCGCAUUAGGGUUUCUCUCUCUCGUCUCUUGGCAGAUUGUAAGCGAAACGAGCGUCGAUGGAGGAGGUUACGGAAGGCAUCAACAAUCUCAGCGUCAACGCCGAUUCCUACAAGAAGAACCGGAUUCAAGUCUCGAAUACGAAGAAGCCCCUCUUUUUCUAUGUCAAUCUCGCUAAGAGGUACAUGCAGCAACACAAUGAAGUGGAGCUUUCGGCUCUUGGAAUGGCCAUCGCAACUGUAGUCACCAUUGCUGAGAUUCUCAAAAACAACGGUCUCGCUGUUGAGAGGAAGAUUAUGACGUCUAUGGUUGAUGUGAAGGAUGAAUCCAGGGGACGACCUAUGCAGAAAGCAAAGAUUGAGAUAUUGCUGGGGAAGACGGAAAACUUCGACGAGUUGAUGGCUGCAGCAACAGAGAGAGAUGCUGAAGAUGGUGAGGAGCAGACCUGAACGAAUGAAUCCCAUCUCUGUUUUUGUUUUCUUGGGUUGACAGAACAAUAUUGUUAUUUACCUUGUGGGUUAUUUCUGUGAAUUAAAGAACAUAUUUGUUUUUCUCAUUAUUUAUGAUCAAGGUUAUUUGAUUGAUGUCA